AUGUUGAGGGAAGCGAGAGCUGACAAGCUGGCGUCGACUACUCCGACAAGACCGCUCGAGCUCCCGCCCUUUGUCCUCGCGCCGCUCCUUCACCCUCUCUCGCCCUCAUCGCCCUCAUCGCGCCCCACCUCCCCGUCCAAAGCGCCGUCAUCGCCGACUCAGACACCUGCAUCACGGCUAGGACAGCUUGUCUCGUCGGUCGCGCAGGCGGGAGCAGCGGCGGGCGCAGCGGCGGCGGGUGCGGUGCAUGGCGCGGCGGCAGGGGAACCGAAGCCUCUUACGCUCAAGAGUGUCGAGGCGGGAGGACAGAAGGUCUGGGCUGGACUAAGCGAUGGACGAAUAAGGCUAUACGAAGUCGGCGAGGAGGUCGACGCGGCAGUAGCUUCCGGCGUCGCCAGUCCAAGAGUCGCUUCACCCACGACACCUGGACGGAGGCCGCCUGUCGCGCCGAAACAGACCCAGCUUGAGCUCCUCGACGAGCUCCAGGUCACGACGAACCUAAAGGCUGCGGACCGGAUCGCUCUUCUCCCUCGGCUUGACAAGGCUGUCAUCCUGUCUGAGGGCGUCAUGACCUUCCACACACUCCCAGGACUCGCGCCGCUCAACGUCCACAACUUCCCUGCCGUUCGAGGUGUCGUCACGCUGGCUGUCGACGAGGAGGAGCUUUCGAAUAGCUCGGACUCGGCGGUCAUGCACAUGUGCGUGAUCAAGCGACGGAGGAUGCAUUGGCUCAAGGUCACGAACGAGGGGAUCCAAAGCCUCAAGGACCUGCCCCUGCCGAACGGCGCCCUCAUCGCUUCACUCCGAAGAGACCGAAUCUGCAUCGCCGACGCCGAGAACUACUCGAUUGUCGACCUCGAAGCCGCCGAAGCUCUCCCUCUCCUCCCCAUCUCUCAAGCCCCUCAUCCCGACCCUUUACCUCCUCCGACUACCGCUUCCGGCGCAGCGACACCGCCUGCACCCGGCGCAGGCCCGGAUCCCCGACAACGACCUGCGAUCGCGUGUGUCGCUUCGAGCGAGUUCCUCGUUGCGAGUCAUACAGGCAGCACGACGCUCGGAGUGUUUGUCAACGAGCUGGGCGAGCCUUGUCGCGGAACGCUCGAGUGGGCAAGCAACCUGCGGAGUCUCGUCGUCGACUCGCAGUACUCGAUCGCGCUCCUCUACAACAACACGAUUGAGAUCCAUUCAAUACACACGCAGGAAAUCGUCCAGGUCGUCCAGCUGCCCUCCUCCUCUCCUGCUGCAUCUCCUUCGCCUCUCGACUUUCAGCCUCGCUCUCUCUUUCGCUCCGCUCUCGGACUCGAACUCGGCGCCGCGACUGGCGCUCAGAAGAUCGAGCCCGUUCAUGUCCCUCUCCUCCCUUCCUCGCCUGCCAAGUCCGAUCCACCUCGAACACCCACGAAACGCGCAUCUCGAGCGUCCAUAUCUUCCGUCUCGAUUCACAGCGGGAUCUCUGGCGUGACAGCCAACAGCGAAGACCGUCCGGGCAAGCGGACCCUAACGCGCGUCCUCGUCGUUGGUCGCAACGGCCUCUACUCCCUCUCGCCUCUCACGCUCGUCGUCCAAGCCGACGCCCUUAUCGACAAAGGCCGCGACACCGACGCGCUCGCCCUCGCUGACAACUUCGCCAAGUCCGCUUCAGGUGGCACCGCCGAGAACCCCGAGCUGGCGUACGUGUACAUGCGUCUGGCGUUCCUCAAGCUCGAGCAGACGCUGUUUCAGGAGGCGUUUGACUUGUUUGCGAGGGCGGGAAGCGAUCCGAGGAUGGUGGUGAGGAUGUUCCCGGAUCUGCGGAGACCGUUGAUGGCGCCUGGAGAUGAGGUGACGGUCUGCAAGGGCGUGCUGGAUGAGGUGCGGUCUGCGAGAACGAUUGACGAGUACAUCCUCGACAACCUGAACCGCAACUACUCGCCGCACCUCAAGCCAAAUGUCGAGUCAGCCGCGACAACGGUCGAGCUGCGCAACUCGCUCACGAUGACGGCGCGGGACUGCUUGAUGUCGUAUCUCUUGAAGUGGCGGGCGGCGCGAAGAAGUGGAGAAGGCGAGGAUGGGAUGGCGGGCGAUUCGAGGAAGGUGGACAUGGUCGUCGACACGACGCUCGUCAAGCUGCUUGCCGAGCAAUCUCGGCCCGACGACAUCCGUGUCCUCCUCGCCGGGCCUCACGACUGCGUCGUCAAGCAGGUCGAGCAGGCACUGCUGGACGCAGGAUUGUACCAACUUUUGGCGAGCAUCCUACUCGAAAAGGGCGAGACGAUGCGGGUGCUCGACAUCUGGUCAAGGAUUAUCGACGGCGAGUAUACCGACGGCUCGUUCGAAGACGGCCUGCAGAGCAUGUUCGAUUUGACGUGGCGGUCCAAGGACAAGUCGCUCGUCGAGAAGUACGGCCUCUGGAUGCUCAAGCACGACCAGUCUCGAGCCUUGCGGCUCUUCUCCGACCCGAAGCAGACUAUUACGUUCGACACGCGCGAUUUGUUCGCCAAGAUGAGCAAGGUCGACCCAGACGCGGCAGACCGGUUCCUCGAGUCGACGGUCUUGCAGGAGCGAGACUCGGACUCGCGGCUACACGCCGACCUCGUGAAGCGCUACAUCGGCAGGCUUAGCGAGUUGCUUACGGAUGCCGAAGCCAAGGCUCACGUCCGAGAGCAAGAAUCGGCCUACGCUGCGCUCGUCGCCUCGACUUCGAACCCGCCGACCUUCCUCGCCUUCCUGACCUCACGGUACUCUGUGGAUUCGUCGCGAGCUUUGCUCGACCGCGUAAGAUUGAAGGCAGCGCUAUUCUUGAGCGCAUCGACCAAGUACGAUGUGCAGGCCGCGAAGCACGAGUUGGAGGAGAUGGAGGUCAAGGGUCUUAAAGGGUUGACGCUCGAGCGCGCGAUCGUCUAUGGAAAGCUCCAACUUGACCGGCAAGCCCUAUCCCUCCUGAUCAACAACCUGCACGAUCUUGCCUCGGCCGAAGCGUACUGCCUCCAGUCUGGCGACCCUCUCGCUCAAGCAGACGUUGUCGCAGCGACAGUGAAGCUCGACCUGCCCUUCAAGCGGAACCGCAAAGCGUUGUCGGCGGCGAGACGGGAAGAGGAGGAGCGGCGGAAACAGGCGCUGGCCAAGCUGCUCGUCGAGAUGUGCCUACGACGACCACAACCAGGUUCAUUCGUCGACGAAACGGAAAAGACGGGAGAGGGCGCGAUUCCGAAGGAGCGGGUUGCGCGGCUGUUGGAGACGCAGGCGGUCCAUCUCGACACGCUUGAGGUGCUAUCGCUCGUGCCGGACGACUACCCUGUCCAGGUCCUUUCGCGAUACCUCUCGCGAUCCCUUCGACGGUCUCUGCACGUCCAGCAGGAGUGCUCCAUCCUCAAGUCGCUCGCGCUCGGCCAGAACCUCGUACUUCAAGAGCGCGCUUUCGAGCUGCAGGCGCGGCUAGGACCGACGCUCGAGGCGAAGGACGACACGAAGGGCGAAGCGGGAGGAGCGGCUGUCGAGACGAAGGUUGUCGUCCUGGACCCGAGGCGGGACGACUCGGGCAAGUCGGUUGCGCCGGAGAAGGACGUCGUUUCGCUGGAGGACGCGAUAGAACUGGAUUUGCGGUAG